GUCUAUGACCAUUUUUCUUUUCCGGCAUUAAACGUCAACGCCAAAUUUAUCCAAUUUUUACAAUUUAUGUGGUGAUUGCUGACUUGGAACAUAUAAAAGCAACAACUACAUACUAAAUACCUACUAAAUUUUAUUCCUAUUAUUGAUUUUAUCCCGUUAAAUUACUUCUGAGUCCACAAUGCCUCGUGGUAAAUAUACGAAUCACAAAGGACGCAACCGUAAAUUUACUAGCCCUGAGGAACUUGAAGAACAGCGGAAACAAGAAGAAAUUAAACAAAAAUGGAGAAAGGAACAUGGUGGAGAAAGUUCCAGUGAAGAAGAAUCUGGGGAUGAGAAAUCAGGAUCGGGUAGCAGUGAAGAUAGUGAUUCAGAAGGGGAUCACCCAGUUAAAGCAAAAGGUGUGUCGGGUCUCAUCGAAGUAGAAAAUCCAAACCGGGUAGUAAAGAAAAACAAGAAACUUACAACUUUGAAUAACUUAGGGGGUGAAGGUGAAAAACCUCAGUUGUCAAGGCGUGAGCGUGAAGAAAUAGAGCGGCAGCGCGCGGCGGCGGCGUACCAGAAAGCGCACGCGGAGGGCAAGACGGAGCAGGCGCGCGCCGACCUCGCGCGGCUCGCCAUCAUCCGCCAGCAGCGCGAGGAGGCGGCCAAGAGGCGCGAGCAGGAGAAGAAGGCUAAAGACGAGGUGCCCAAGAAGAGGUAGACAAAUGUCCUAACUAUAGACUACAAGAAUAUUCGUAUUUUACUGUUUACAUGCUCUCGGAGCUAGAUUUGGCUUUCAAAAUCACCACAAAUAUCUGCGCAAACAAUAAUUUAUCUGUUAAGAAUAUGCAUAAUAUCUGUAUUCAUUCUGUCCAUGUUUCAAAUCUGCCAUUUGAUAUACUUACUUUAUCUCAAGUUGUUACUUUAAAGAUAUUCCGCAAAAUAAUUCUCAUAACUGAUGUUGCAAUAGCGUAUAUGCUCGCUGCAAUACGGUUGCAGCGUCUAGUUGCAUCGUCAUCAUAUCACGGAAACAAGUUAAUUGCAAGAUGAAUGUAAUCCAUUUUCUUAUUCUAUUAAAAUUUUUCUCUAGUUUUAGAUUUUCGAUGCAAUUUUGUGAUUUUACAAUAAACUCGCAACAAUCAGAUUGCAGCGUAUAUACGCUGAUUCCUAGCUAUGUGAAACUUGACAGUAUAAAAAUGUUAAAGCAUUAUAUUUAAAGUUCUAAAAACCUGUCUUAUUAAUGUAAUAAUUAUACGAAUGUAUCAAUUUUAUUUUGAAAUCUAAUGUGAAAAUAAUAAUAAUUUGGAUUUCUAGUGCUAAAUAUUUUAGUCUUUGAGGUCUAGUAAUAUCAGAAAUAAUCUCAUUGUUUCGCCUGUGCAAUCUACCUUAUUGUGUACCUAUUGGUACGAUACUGCAAUAUUUUAUAGUGUUUGUGCAUGAUUUGUUUGCCGCAACUAGCUUAAUGGUUUUAUGAAUCUGUAAGUUCGAUGGACGUGUAAGAAGAGAGGUAAGAAUAAGGACGCUUGUGGAAUAGUAAUUUUUGUGACAAUUUUGUGAAAAAUUAUUUUAAAAAAUACUUUUUAUCACGACGUUUGCCAUAUUAGUCGAAAUUAUAACAUUGAAUACAAUACUUAAUUGUUAAACUAACAUGAAUUCUGGUUGUAUCUUCAUUUCAUUGGAAACUUCGUUUUAAUAUUUACAUGUUUUCUAUUGUCAUAAUUUUAUCAUAAAUAUUAAAAUAAUAAAUUAUAAUUAUUGUAUACAUUGUAAAAUGAUAAUUGAUUGAGCAAAUACUUAAAUGGGUAUAUUGUAACUAUUUUCAAUUCCACCAGAAAUGUACCUAAAUAAAUAAAUUUAUGUAUGAAUCUAGAUCUAAUUUAUUAGAUAGCCUCACUCUUCAUAUUUUUUAAUUCGAUGUGUAUGUAUA